AGGAGUUUAUAUUCAUUCAACUUGUUGAAGUGCCCCUGCAGUCUGGAGGGAAGCUUUCUACAAGGACGGUCUCUGAAGAAAUCUCAAGAGUGAUUGUGAGGGUGGAUCAUGCUUCAUAUUUUUUAACAUGGACUGACGAAGUGAGCCAACGAGUUUCUGUUAAAAAAAAUGUCGAGCGCAGACAGCGAAGUUAAAACGUUGCUCAACUUUGUGAAUUUGGCAUCAAGCGACAUCAAGGCGGCCCUGGAUAAGUCCGCUCCGUGCAGGCGCUCCGUGGAUCACCGGAAAUACCUGCAGAAACAGCUCAAGCGCUUCUCACAAAAGUUCUCCAGAGUCCCGAGAUGCCAGACGCUCAGAUCUGCGGACUACAGGUGCGCCAGAGCUGCAGGAGCCGAGCGCCAAAGCGCGGCGGUGGUAGACGAGGCCGGCUCCGACGCGCAACACGCUCAGAACGUCGGAGGCGUCACGGAGCAGGUGCCGAUGAGGAAACGACAACUACCGGCCUCGUUUUGGGAGGAACCCAGGCUAACCAAAACUAAGAGAGACAAAUCCUGUUUGGAUUUAAGAAGAAGCAGCUCUGGGACAUCUGAAGGAACCGAGAAUGAAAAGAGGAGAAGGAGUCAGGAUGACGCUCUAAAGACCGCGAUCUCCUCAUCCAGCCGGCGCAGCUCUGUGGAUAAAGAGGUCCUGAAACUGGAUCUGACUUCCCACCACUCCGUGAGCUUCUGCGGCUGCUGGCCCUUCCAAUUCCACGGAAACCAGGUCCUCCACAGUCAAAUCGUUGUGCCCCAUCCUCCCGUGAGCCUGUGGAGCAAGGCAGCAGGGCCAGAGCCGGAGAGGCCGGAGCAUCCUUAUGGACAGAAACUUCACACGCACGUUGUGGUCAAACCAAUACCGACCAAACCUACAGCUCAGUCACCGAUCUUCAGCGUGUUUGGAUUCAUUUAAUCUGUCCACCACACCAGAAGCUGAAGCUCUGACUUUUCUUCUUCCUGUUCAUGUUUUUUUUUUCUCUUGGAUUUUUGGAAACCGGACACUUCCAUAAGCACUUACUAGAAUGCUGCGUCUAAUCUUGAUGUUUAAGCUUAAAGGAAUAAAUUGCACUUUUCCAAUAAACUAAUCAGCCUCA